UACGUCUCCAGAACUACAAUGGCCAAGCGCAUGGCCAAGCGCACCAAGAAGGUGGGGAUCGUGGGUAAAUACGGCACGCGUUACGGCGCGUCGCUCAGGAACAUGGUGAAGAAGAUUGAGAUCAGCCAGCACGCCAAGUACACCUGCUCCUUCUGUGGCAAGACUAAGAUGAAGAGGAGGGCAGUUGGUAUCUGGCACUGUGGGUCCUGCAUGAAGACUGUUGCUGGAGGCGCCUGGAUACACAACACGAAGUCUGCAGUCACGGUGAAGUCGGCCAUCAGGAUACUGAAGGAGCUGAAAGACCAGUAGACUGUUACCGGAGAAUCAGACUGUCACUUUUGUGUACAGUUUGACCUGGACGCUGUGUCGAACAUCUACCACAAUAAAAAGCAGUCUGGAGCGGAACACCGGAGUCUACUUGUACUACUUGUGUUGCUGUUAGUACAGCCCUGUGUGUUGCCUGCAACGUGAGUUACUUGGCGCUGAUGUUAACUCCUACAGUCCCACUUCUAGCCCCUUUAAAAUAUAUAUAUUGUUGGAGCUCCAGACUUCUGGUUUGUUCCAUUGGUUUUCUGUAUGAUUAACAAGCUCUUAAAAGCAAUGAAAAUCUCAUCCAAAACGAAUGCAGUGGAAACAUUACAGAAGAUAACAUGGUAAAACACUUAAUUGUGAAGCUAAAUAUAAAGGGCUGGACAUGCAGAUAAGAGUGAUUAAUUGAUGGGGUCUGACUGAUGGGUUACAGUGCAUUUGGAAAGUAUUCAGACAUUUUGUUACGUUAAAGACUUAUUUUAAAAUGGAUUUAAUAGUUUUUUCCCCUCAAUUGACACACUACCCCAUAAUGACAAAGCAAAGAAAGGCUUUUGGAAAAAGAAAAAAAAGAAACAAAACUAAUCACAUUUACAUAAGUAUUCAGACCCUUUACUCAAAUCCCCGAGCUUUCUUGAAGCACCUUUAGUAGCGAUUACAGCCUUGAGUCUUGGGUAUGAUGCUACAAGCUUUUACCUGUAUUUGGGGAGUAAAAAAUAAAAUGUUAUUGAUC